AUGCAAGCUCCAGGUGGGUUGAGAAGUGCUGUAAAAAGAAAGUCUACAGCUGAUAAAAAAGCACAAACAUCAAAUGCCACCCCAUUGAGCACCAGAUCGGCUGGUGCUGGUGGAAGCUCUUCUACCAUGAUGAAGUUGUUCACUGACGAAGCUCAAGGUUUACGUGUUGAUCCAUUGGUUGUGUUGUUUUUGGCUGUGGGUUUCAUCUUUUCAGUCAUCAUUUUACAUGUAUUUGCCAAGUUGACUGGGAAAUUUGCUUAG